AUGGCCAGAGUUGGAGAUCUCCAAAUCUUUGCUGGGGAGUCGGAGGGUCCACUUCCCCCGAACUCGACCCGAUACAAGAUCAUCGAAGCAUCCAUUCAUCUGGCCCUCUGCAUCCUUGAGACCAGCCAGGGGAGACGCAGUCUGGUCGAGACUGCCCGGGCCAUCAUCACCGCGAGUCGUGAGCAGGGACGUGACAGCCUUUACCGGGACUCUUUGGACAACUUGGCCUCCUGGAUCAACAAGUUCCUGGUGAGAGUGAGAGAAGAUUUCUUCACUGUCUUUAUCAGAGAUAUAGGGGGCGAGGCUCUGGCGGAGAGGCUCGAGUGGCCUGGUGAAUACAACAUGGCUGACUACGAGGCUGGACCUGUGGGAAAUCUCUCCCUGAACAGGGUCCUCGUCGAAAACAUGAUACACGCGCACCAGCGACCACCCCCUGAGGCAUAUGCCCGGUUCAAGUUCCAGUUGAGCAUCAGCAUUGCCCACGAGGUUGUCCAUUUCCUGACAGGAUUUCUUCUCGGCUCGCCGAGGAGCAACACCCCCCGUGGGGUUACUCUUCAGGGUUGGGGAAACAUGAGGACUGGCGAAGCAGGCCGGUACUGGGAAGCUGCUCUCCUGGGCGGAGUCGUCGAAUUUCGGUCCGACAGGAACGACACGUUGGGAGUCCGACAGGCGGGCACGCCCUACCUCUUCCCAAACGGGCGCCACGAUACCCCGGGGCGGCGUAUAUCGCUGAGCUACAUCACCGAGUUUGUAGAUGGUGUCUUUUCCUUCCCUGUACGUGUGGUCGAUGGCGAUGCCGAAGCCACUCGCCGGGAUCUCAACUCCAACUCGGUUGAUACGACUGAUCUGCGCUCGGGACAUCGGCGGCGAGGCCUCGAGCCCACAGAAUCGCCACCCCCUGGGCAUCCAAGCUCACAAAUGCGAUACCGGAUGCCUUCUUCUGGAUCUGAGGGCUACUACGUGAGGUCCAGCCAGAGCACCAGCUCCCAAGCAGGUGGUUCGGGUAGAGGCUAUGCUUCUCAAUCAGGAAGACCCAGUCAGGCCAAUAACCCUCCAGCAGGAGGAUCUGGUAGAGGGUACGCCUCUCAGUCGUCAAGGCCCAGUCAGGCUUAUCCCCCUGCAGCAGGAGGGUCAGGUAGAGCCUACAACUCCCAAGUCGUAGAACCAAUCAGAUCCUCCAAUCCCCAGUCCACGCGGUCGGAUCGAUCAUACCCUAACCCCUUUGCACCCCGAUCAUCAGCACCAAGCCAACCCUCAUACACUCAGCCGACAAGCGGCAGCCGACCCCCUGAGUACUACUACAGACGCUGA